UGGUCUAUACUUAAGGAACAAUUCCCAGUUCAGUUCUCCAGUGAUAUCUGCUGGACUCUGAUGUGUGUGCACAGACCUUAUGCAGACUUUCUCUUCUUGUUGAAGAAAUAUGGCUACAACUGAAGACUUUGCAGUCACACCUACUUCAGACUACGAUGACUAUUAUGACUCAACAUUCGACAUGACCACAGACGAUUACUCCGAUUACUAUACCAACAACGGUAGCGAUGAGGUGUGUAACAGAUCAAACAUCAUACAGCAUGGAGCAGUCUUCACUCCGGUGUUCUUCUCCAUCGUGGUCAUCCUCAGUCUGUUCGGCAACAUCCUGGUCAUUGUGAUUCUGGCCAAGUAUGAGAAUCUCAAAUCCCUCACCAACGCUUUCAUCCUGAACCUGGCUAUAUCGGAUCUCCUCUUCACCGCAGGUCUGCCUUUCUGGGCCCACUACCACAGGUCUGGAUGGACCUUAGGGGAACCUGCCUGCAAAAUAGUCAGCUUUGUCUUCUAUGUUGGCUUCUGCAGCAGCAGUAUCCUCCUCAUCCUGAUGACCAUUCACCGUUAUGUAGCUGUCAUGAAUCCUCUGUCUGACAUUGUGUCCAGCAAAGGCUUCAGCAGUGUCCUUGUCUCUCUGGUCAUUUGGACAGUGGCUGCACUAGUCUCCAGCCCAGCCUUAAUCUUCACCAAAGUCCUGGAAAAGAAUUACUGUGAAUACAUGAAUUCUUUCUGGAAAUUAUGGGGAAUCUACCAGCAAAAUGUCCUCUUCCUCGUGAGUUCAGUCGUGUUCAUUUUUUGCUAUUCUCAGAUCAUGUGCAGAUUGCUGCGCCCCACUGCCCAACGAAGAAGGAGCAAAACUUUAAAACUCAUUUUUGCUCUCGUGGUUGUUUUCUUCCUGGGCUGGGGACCUUACAAUAUAGUAAUAUUUCUGCAUUCAAUGUAUUCCUGGCCCCAACCUGCUGCCGACUCAAAGACUUUGAAGAGAAACUGUGAAAUAUUAAUUACACUUGAUUACGCCUUUUACAUUAGUAGACUUUUAGCCUUUUCCCACUGCUGCCUCAACCCUGUGUUUUAUGUGUUUAUGGGCAUUAAAUUCAAAAACCACUUAAAGAGAAUCCUGAAGAGCUGGGACUUCAACAACAGGAGCAGCAUCCGCAGUCGGCAAAGUCGACCCACAAUCACAUCACAAACAAGUGGUGAAGAGGUCUCAAUGUAAUCGAUACAGAGAGCAGAAGUAAAACCAUCCUCGUGCCCGUCAUGUAAUGUGCACACUGGCUAAGCUUAACGUACGUGUCCACUGGUUCCAAUUGAGAAAGUCGGCAACAGGAUUGUGCUAUUUUCAACAAACACAGUGAAUUAUUGUCAUAUUUCAGUCACUGCAUGCAUAUUCGUGUUAAUGUCUCAGCCAAACUGUAUUUUUGAAGAACCAUAACAUACAAGAGGGCAGUAUUACUUAAAUAGAUCAUAGUUCCAAUGCCACCACAUACCUGAGUGUUGUAGCUAACCAUGCAUGGCCGCAGCGUACCCGUCUUGCUGUGGCUACUUUCUGCAGUAUAAUGUCGCAGAGCAACGAGCCCUCUAUUUCUGUGUAUGUGUGUGAUUUUGAAUACAUGUUGAUAAACUGAUUAUACGUUGUAUUAUUGAUAAUAUAAUUUUAUGUGAUUAAGUUUGAUUAUUUUGCUUUUUUGUGUAAAUCAGUCGGAUCAGUCAUUUUAUAUUUUCGCUUUUAAUCAUUCAUGUGAGUGGUGUUUUCUUUUCAAGAGAGUAUUUUAUCCUAAGAUUCCUUUGAAUUCAUUUAUCAUUUCAUUUCUCGAUCACCAUUGUUAUUUUCAUGCUUUUCAGUGAAAUAAAAAUC